UCAUUCACCUGUUACCUCUGUUAUUAGACUCGAUCCACACACAGCUCUCCACUGCACCAUUCAGCACACUCGCAGACGGCACGUUUCUGCACUCUUUCCACCAUCUAAUCCGUUGUUCAAAGAAGAGGGAGCUAUGACUGGCCAUGACUGGGGAUAUGGGGAGGACAACGGUCCAUUGGAAUGGUAUAAAGACUAUCCCAUUGCCGACGGUAACCGCCAAUCACCUAUUGAUAUAGUCCCUGCAGAAGCUGUAUUUGAUGCCAGGCUGUCUCCCAUCUCGCUGUCCUACAACAACUGCACCUCUGUCAACAUAUCAAACAAUGGCCAUUCUGUGGUAGUGGAGUUCAUUGACUCAGAUGAUAGAUCAGUGAUCCGGGGAGGUCCUCUGGAAAACAUGUACCGACUUAAACAGUUUCACUUCCACUGGGGAUGCAAGGGUUGCAGUGGCUCUGAGCAUACGGUUGGUGGGAAAACCUACGCUUCUGAGCUUCAUCUGGUUCAUUGGAAUGCCGUAAAGUACAAGUCCUUUAGUGAGGCAGCAGCAGCACCUGAUGGCCUGGCUGUGCUUGGCAUCUUUCUGGACAUAGGUGAUGAUCACAGAGCUCUUCAUCAGAUAACAGAUGCCUUGUAUAUGGUUAAGUUCAAGGGAAAUGCUGUUGAUUUUAAGGGCUUUAACCCAAAGUGCCUCCUGCCGAACAGUCUGGAGUACUGGACGUACCCAGGCUCUCUCACCACCCCUCCACUGCAUGAGAGCGUCACAUGGAUUGUGCUGAAAGAACCCAUUUAUGUGUCUGAGAAGCAGAUGGGAAAGUUUCGGACGCUGCUGUUUAACGGAGAGGAGGAAGAUGAACGAAAGCGCAUGGAGAACAACUACCGACCACCACAGCCGCUGAAAGGCAGGAAAGUCCGGGCCUCUUUUAAGUAGCUGGGUUGCCUUGGACUGCCUAGACCACUAAUUGUGAUCAAGUAUAUUUCAAGACUGCUCUAGAAUCACCUCUGAGCUUGAAUUGUGAAUAAUAAUGGUGUGGGGUUUGUUCAGAAUAGUGUCACUCUCUGUCUGUUGCUUAAAGGUUUUGGCCGACACAGUUUGACUUUGACACUGAGCUCUUUGAAUCCGAGGCUGUACAUUUUUAGAUCCCUUCUCAUCUACCUUGAUCAGGCUUGUGCAAACAGAUCCUUGUUGCAGGUGGCUGAGAUAUUUGUGCUUCCAAAGAAUCCAAGCUAGUGGCGUUUGAUAAGCUCACUGUCGUCUGCUUUCUCACUGCUAUAGGAAAGGGUCAGUAAUCCAGGAUCCUGAAAAUUAACCCACUAGUCGCCACCUGGCUUUUGCUAGCUUUUGAUAUAGGACAUUGUAGGGUUAUUUAAGGUGUAUAUAACAAGGAUCAGAAACAUAGACUAGGUGGUGUUAGGAUGGCACUCCAUUAACACUAAAAGUUGCAUGAAUAAAUGGAAAUCUCACUAAUUUAAGUAGAUAGCAUUUCUGGUUACCUGAUUAUUAUUAUUGUGACUCCAUGAGGGAAGUCUUUUCAGAAACUUUUAUCAACACUGCGUUGCGGUCACUGUAGUGAAUGUUCCUGUGCUGUCAGUGAAGCCUUAUAACUGCUUUUACAGUAAUAGGAGGGUGAUCUCUGAAGGUUGAAAUGACUGAUGGAUUACACUGCGCACAUAAAAAAAAAAAGUUCCUAUUAUUAAUGUAAUUCCUAAUGGAAUCUCUGGCAUGGCUGUAGGAGAGUUACGGAAGAUGUCUAACAGGUCAGUGCUGUAUUAAGACUGGACUCCUGGACAACAUCCAGCUGAAAUGGCAAGGAUUUUUUUUUCUGUGUGGCUGGCAGUUUUUAUGUUAAAUAUGUAUAAAAUAAAAUUAUUUUAAUAAUCUAUGUGUC